UAUCCACCAUUAGACCAGGUACACAGUUUACGAGGCAUCGAUUUGGACCUACAGAAAAGACCGAAACAUGUCACUGUCGAUCGCAGUCGGAACAUUACUCUGUGUUGCUUUUGCCACAGCAAAGACAUAUCACCCACUCUCCGAUGACUUUAUAUCACACAUAAACUCGAAACAAAGCUCCUGGAAAGCUGGCAAAAACUUCCCGUUGGACACUCCUCUUGGGUACAUCCGAGGACUAAUGGGAGCUCUCAAAAAUCCAUUGCCCUCACUCCCCAUCAAGACCCACGACGCAGAUCUAAUAGCCAGUUUGCCGGAAAAUUUCGAUUCCAGACAAAAUUGGCCGGAUUGCCCGAGUAUGCAUGACAUCAGAGACCAAGGAUCGUGCGGGAGCUGCUGGGCGUUCGGAGCCGUCGAGGCGAUGACCGACCGAGUCUGCACUUACUCGAACGGCGCCAAACAGUUCCACUUCUCAGCGCAAGACCUGGUCAGCUGCUGCACGGAUUGUGGAGAUGGUUGCAAUGGUGGAGAGCCGGAUAAAGCGUGGCAAUACUGGCGGGAUGUAGGUAUUGUUUCCGGAGGACCGUAUAAUUCGAGUCAGGGUUGCCGGCCUUACGAAAUAGCUCCUUGCGAGCACCACGUAGACGCCCGGCCCAAGUGUCACGAAAUCGAAGCUACUCCGGCCUGCGUAAAUAAAUGUGAGGCUGGCUACAACAAGGAGUUUAAACAGGAUAAGCUUCGCGCCAAGCAAGCAUUUAUGCUUAAAGGCGAAGACGAUAUGCGAGCGGAAAUAUAUAAAAACGGUCCUGUCGAAGCUGAUUUUACCGUGUACGCUGAUUUCCUUCAUUAUAAAAGCGGCGUGUAUUCGCACACGUCUGGAGAACGACUUGAUGGCCACGCCAUCAAAGUGCUGGGCUGGGGCGUGGAGGGGGGGCAGAAGUACUGGCUGUGUGCCAACUCGUGGAACAGCGACUGGGGAGACAAAGGUUUCUUCAAGUUCCUGCGAGGAGAGAACCAUUGCGGCAUCGAGCAUGGCGCUGUAGCGGGGGAACCUGACUUAGAAGGGUUUUAAAAAACCUAUAGAUGUAGUUGUAGCUCAAGGGCUUUCAUGUAGUUUAUAUCACUUGAAAAAUCGGCAAAUAAAGAAAAAACUUGAGUCGUUUACAUGAUUUCAAUUUCACCGUUUCUUGUGAUAUACACGUUUAGCCGGCUAUAAAUUAAUCAUCAUCAUCAUUUCAGUUUUAAGUUGCAUCCAAUUAAAUGUUGAAAUAAACAAUUGAGAAAUAUAA